AUGGACUUGAAUGCCUUGAACGACUCGAAGCUGAGCGAUUUUUCGAGGAAUAAGGAGAACUGGGUGUAAGUUUUGAAUGUUUUCUUUUCUAUCUUGUUUUCGACCGGGUUUCUCUAUUUUACGCUCAAUUUUACAGGAUUGAUGAAGACUCCACGCAGUGUUUCCAUUAUUAUCACGCACAGAACAUAGACAUUACCCAGAAUCCGCGAGUAGCUCGACGGCAAUGGUCUUAUCAUGGAAUGUGUUUUAGUGCAAAUCCAAUUGAGCCCCUAAGGCCGUUUUUGAUUCACAUCGAUGAAGUAGAGUUCUGCUGGACUGGACACUUGCGAUUAGGAGUCACCACCGUUGAUCCAGCCACUCGGCCAAUACUGGAUUCUCAGUGGGUUAAUUUUUAUGAUUGUUUUUAUGUUUAGGUACCUAUUUAAUUCAAAAAAUUGCCGUGUUUGUUGUCUUUGACAUUGGAAGGGAAUUACUCCAAUUAAAUUAAAAUACGUGCUAUUCCAGACCUUUCACAUCGAAAACCGCGCUUGUUGCCUUUCCUCAGCUCUCUUCAACAGUCCACGCCGGUGAUGUUGUUGGUGUAUAUUAUGAAAUCGUCGAAAACAACUGUAUUCAGCUGCAUGUCCUUGUCAACGACAAAGAUUUUUGUUCCGACCAACUUCUACCGCUCCAAGCGUCCAAUGAUAAGGUCUUUGCUGUCGUUGAUAUAUUUGGAAUGACCAAAAGAAUAACUUUCAUCCCCAUGAAAAAGACUGGUAAGUUGGAAUCAAAGUUUGAAUUUAUUUUUUGGUUUUAGUACGAUCUCUCUCUUCGAUAUGUGAAAAGGCAAUUGUGGCUUCGCUGGGCAAGGACAAGUCCCUAGAAAACCUACCAUUACCCAUGACAAUCAAGUCUAGCAUUGCUUCUCUUCGUUCCAAACGUCGUAUGAUUCCAGUAUAA